AUUUGUGCAUGAUUAGGGUACAUGCACCAGGGUAUUGUUUUAUUUAUGCAUGCCGCGCCGUACCUGUAUGGUUAUAUAGCGAAGGCAGUACAGUUUAAUGUAGGACUGAAUUCAUUGGUAACUGGAGAAGAGGCAAUGCCAGAAUAUGGAGGAUAGAGGUCGAGGACCGGACUGCGAAAUGCAGUUUGUUUUUAAUUAUUGUUCUGGCGCAGACAUGAAAUCAGAGAUGGCGAAUUCGGAGCCAUGUGUGAACUGUUGUAAUACGGUUGAUGAGGGCUCCAGCAAUGCCAACAGUCCCGAGAAGAUUGAGUGUCAUGAUCCAGAUGCUGAAGAUAACUUUAGGAGGAAACUCAAAUUCUUUUUCAUGAACCCUUGUGAGAAAUUCAGAGCUCGUGGUCGAAAGCCAUGGAAGCUUGGACUCCAAAUCCUUAAGAUUGCUAUCAUUACAAUCCAGUUAGUAUCAUUUGGGCUGAGUAACCAAAUGGUGGUUGCUUUUAAAGAGGAGAACUUAAUGGCAUUUAAGCAUCUCUUUCUAAAAGGAUAUAGGCCUACAGACAAAUCGGACGACAACUACGCGGUCUACACGCAGAGUGAUGUUUAUGACCAUGUCUCCUUUGCAGUUGAGCAGUUCCUGAAGCUCCCUAAUAUAUCUGUUGGCAAUCAUGCGUACGAAUGGAAUGGCACAGAAUACACAGCCCUGGCACUCUGCCAGGAGUUCUAUAAGAAAAGCAGUAUUUCCCCUCGAAAUGACAGCUUUGACAUUGACCCCAAAGUUGAAACCGAGUGCUUUGAAAUAAAACCAAUGCUUCUUCGCAUAGAUGAUGGACCAAUACAUUGGAAGUUAAAUUUGACUGUGGAUUUCUCUAGACUUUUGUCCAUAAAUAUUUACUUCACACUAAAGGCGAUUAAUCUGCAGACAGUCCGUCACCAUGAGCUUCCUGACUGCUAUGAUUUCCAUGUUGCAAUCACUUUUAACAACAAAGCUCACAGUGGAAGGGUUAAGAUCAGCCUUGACAAUGAAGUGGCCAUCAACGAAUGUAAAGACUGGGAUAUUGCCAGAUCUGUACAAAAGAAUGCCCCCUAUCUUUUGAUGUUCGAUGCCUUUAUCAUUGUGUCCUGUUUGAUCUCCUUGAUCCUAUGCACCCGUUCGGUCAUAAAUGGAAUACAGUUGCAGUAUGAAUACACCACUUUUUUCUUGAGCCGCUACAGCAAGCCGGUGCCCUGGUCUGAUCGUAUGGAGUUUGUGAAUGGAUGGUAUAUCCUGAUUAUAGUGAGUGACAUGCUCACCAUCAUUGGAUCAAUUCUGAAGAUUGAAAUCCAAGCCAAGAACUUAACCAGUUAUGAUGUCUGCAGCAUCCUGUUGGGAACCUCCACGAUGCUUGUCUGGAUCGGGGUCAUUCGAUAUCUGGGUUUCUUCCAAAAGUACAACCUUCUUAUAUUAACACUGCGAGCAGCCUUUCCAAAUGUGAUUAGAUUCUGGUGCUGUGCUUCAAUGAUUUACCUGGGCUAUUGCUUUUGUGGAUGGAUUGUAUUGGGACCAUAUCAUGAAAAGUUCAGAACCUUCAACACCGUCACAGAGUGCCUCUUCUCCUUGAUCAACGGAGAUGACAUGUUCCCGACGUUUAAAGGCAUGCAGCAGAAAAGCUACCUGGUUUGGCUCUUCAGCAGGCUCUACCUGUAUUCUUUCAUCAGUCUCUUUAUCUACAUGGUGCUCAGCCUUUUUAUUGCACUCAUCACUGACACCUAUGAAACUAUUAAGCAAUACCAGCGGGAUGGUUUUCCAGAGACAGAGCUGCAUUCGUUUAUGGCAGCAUGUAAAGAUUUGCCAAACUCUGGCAGAUACAGGAUUAAGGGGGAGUCUCACACAGCAAUCUUCUGCUGCUGUAAUCGGUAUGAUGAAUCUGAAGAGAACUUGGCAGACUAGAAAAAAUGUAAUGUGGAAUAUCUCCUAUACUGUUGGUUAUAAUAGGAGAGUUUAUUUACAGUACUAUUUAAUACAAUGUAAGUGACAUAUGAAUGUGCAAUAACUUACUGUCACUUUACUCUUGGAAUAAAAGAGGACUUCCUGUUAGUAUUUGAGAAUGCUGGAGGUUAGAAACUGAUCAAAUCUGAUCAUAAUAAUACUAUAAGAAUGAAACACUUAAUCUAUACAUUUUAAUGCUUGUGUCCUUUGUCACAUUGAUAAAAGCAAUAAAGUUUAAAGCAAUAAA